AGAUCCCCCAGUGCGCCGGCUGCAACCAGCACAUCCUGGACAAGUUCAUCCUCAAGGUCCUGGACCGGCACUGGCACAGCUCCUGCCUCAAGUGUGCUGACUGCCAGAUGCAGCUGGCUGAGCGCUGCUUCUCCCGGGCCGGCAGCGUCUACUGCAAGGAGGAUUUCUUCAAGCGUUUCGGGACCAAAUGCACGGCGUGCCAGCAGGGCAUCCCCCCCACCCAGGUGGUCCGCAAAGCCCAGGACUUUGUCUACCACCUGCACUGCUUCGCCUGCAUCAUCUGCAGCCGGCAGCUGGCCACGGGGGAUGAGUUCUACCUGAUGGAGGACGGGCGGCUGGUCUGCAAGGAGGACUACGAGACUGCCAAGCAGAAUGAUGAUUCCGAGGCGGGUGCGAAGCGGCCCCGGACCACCAUCACGGCCAAGCAGCUGGAAACGCUGAAGAAUGCCUACAAAAACUCCCCCAAGCCUGCCCGGCACGUGCGGGAACAGCUCUCGUCCGAGACAGGGCUGGACAUGAGGGUGGUGCAG